AUGUGGGAUGAGAAUGCGUUAUCCAAAUCCAAAGAUGGGUUCGCUUUCAACAUUCGGCAUUUCCCCCAAUGUAAGGCCGCCGCUCAGAUUAAACCUAAUUAUGGCAAGAAUUUCGCAGCGAGCCUGGGCUCAUCCGGCGCGCGACAGAGUGAUCGACUUCGGGAAAUAUAAGGGUAGGAUGCUGGGGAGCUUGCCGUCGGGAUACCUAAAAUGGGUGUCGAGGAAUCUGCGAGCCGGAGAUACGGAGGAGUGGGCCAGGCUGGCGGACCGGGUGCUGGCGGACCCGGUCUACCGCGACCGCAUCGAGUGGGAGGCGGCCGAGAACAUCCUCACUGGAAACGCGGCCACGUCCUCCGGCGGAAGCGCGGUUGCGGAGCUGCUGGAAAUUAGCGAGAGAUUCGGGUGGGACAACGAGGAUAAGAGCGGGUGGAGCAAGGUUGAUUUCGGCCUGCUGGGGACGUCUAGGGGCGGGAGGAUUCCCCGGGCGGCGGCGGCGGCGCGCGUGGGUUUGAACAAGGAGGAGGAUGUGCGGAGGAGUGAGAGCGGAGGAGGGGGGAGAAGAGGAGAGAGGAGAGAUAGAGUGAGGCGACUGAGGAAGAAAGCGACUGCUAUGGUGGAAGAAGGGGGUACUUCUUCUCCGACUCCGGCCGCCGGCGGAGUCGGGAAUGGGAGUCCUUUUCCGGGGCGGGAAGCCCUGUUGAAGAAGCUUCUCAAUCCAGAAUAAUUCAUGUACUGUUGUACAAUCUUUUUUAUUUCAUGAUAGGAUAUUCUUGUGCAACUUUUGAAAAUUCAAUUAUUCCAAAGCAAUACACCACUUUUUAAUCCCCA